UAAUAAUCCGCUGUCAAUUUUGUAACGAUACGAAAGAAAUUUCCGGAUUUCCCGAGAUAAAAUUCUGUGUUUAUUUGAUUUUGUGCUAAAACCACAAAGUUGUGAGCCCGCUAUUGUAUUUUUGUGCAUUUAACUAACAAAAAUGGUGGACUACAGCAAAUGGAAAGAUAUCGAGAUUUCUGAUGACGAAGAUGAGACUCAUCCAAACAUUGAUACACCGUCGCUGUUCCGAUGGAGGCACCAAGCUCGCAUAGACAGAAUGGAAGAACGCAAACGGGAAAGGGAAGAGCACGAACAGAAAAAGGCUGAAAACUUGAGACGUUUAGCGGAGACCAAGAAGAAAAUCACAGAAUCCGAACCUAACGGACCUAAUUUAGACACACUAAAGAAGGAACUCGAAAAACUGGAAAAAGAGGAAAAACAAUUACUUAAGCGUGAAGAGGAUUUGAAAAAGAAGGAAAAGUUGACACCUUGGAAUGUGGACACAAUCAGCGAGCCAGGUUUCAAUAAAACUGUGAUUAAUGCAAAACCGCAGAGAUCAAACAAUGAUAACUUGACAGAGGAAGAAAAAGAAGAGAAAAUGAAGCAGUUUAUUAAUGAGAACACUAAACUGCUGAAGGAGUUUGGCAUGUUGAGGAAGUAUGAUGACUCAAAGAAGUUUCUGAUGGACCACAGCCACUUGGCAUGCGAGGAAACUGCUAACUAUUUGGUGAUCUGGUGCAUCAACUUAGAAAUGGAAGGGAAACAUGACCUUAUGGCCCAUGUCGCCCACCAGACUAUCUGCAUGCAAUAUAUUUUGGAGCUCUCCAAGCAGUUAGAUGUGGAUCCAAGAGCUUGUAUAGGCUCCUUCUUCUCCAGGAUCCAAGUUGCAGAGAAAACCUACAAAGACUCAUUUGAUGAUGAACUUGAACAGUUCAAAGCUAGAAUUAAGAGGCGUGCUGCAGAGAAAAUUCAAGAAGCCCUACGAGAGCAGGAGGAAGAAGAGAGGAAGGCCAGACUCGGCCCUGGGGGCCUAGAUCCUGUUGAGGUUUAUGAAGAGCUUCCUGAUGAUCUCAAGAAAUGCUUCGACUCCCAAGAUGUCCCUUUGCUACAAGCCACAAUUGCCAAAAUGCCAGAGCAAGAAGCAAUAUAUUAUAUGAAGAGAUGUGUAGACUCCGGCCUAUGGGUACCUGGCAAGAACGAUGAAGAACCCACUAUGAAAGAAGCAGACUCAACAACAAAAUCCAGUGCUAACUCCUCUUCAAAAGACACUACUGAUGACGUAGACUGAUUAUAUUUACACAAAAAAUCUAGCGCUAAUCAUAAAAUACCUAGAUAAACUAAUACGUUGAACCAUGAACAACUGCCUUUUUUCUCCAGAUUUGAUAAGGAAUAUGAAAUUAUUUUUUGUAAUACUAACAGAAGUAGCAUUAUUUAUCAUAGUUUCUAUGGUUGAACCUUUGUGCUAUCAAGCCAAGUUAGAUGUUACUUCUGAUGCACAUAAAUGUACAAUAUCCAUUUGAGAAGUAUUAUUGUAGCAAUGCUAGUGUUCAGUUAAUGAAAUAUUAUGAUUAGUUACAAUCGUGGUGUACCUACAUAGACCUUUUCAAUUUUGUACGUACAAAGAUUAAUUGUAAACAAGAACUCGCUGGUCCUGUGAAAUUAUAAAAUACAUGUUGCUAAACAAAAAUAUUGUUUUGCUUAUAUGACAGUUCUAAAUUACAUCCUAC